AAGAUAGGGAACAUAUACAAUUAGUUGCUCUCCUGGGAAUUAAUAAACUCUGUUCUCAGCUGCUUUAUUAUACAGCGCAUACCAAUAUGGAGGACGCCGCCGAGUCGAAGCUGUACGCAACCCAAUCCCAACAUGACAGGAAAACACCAACUGUCGGAGGUCCUGAGAAUAGAAAUGAUCUUAUCAACGCCUCGGGUCAUGUGCAAGAGCUAUCCCGACAAUUCAGUCUCUCCUCGCUCGCCGGUGUAGGGCUCGUAGUCGGAAACACAUGGCCAGCAAUUGGAGGCUCAAUCCUCGUUGCCAUAUUCAAUGGUGGCCCGCCUGGUGUGCUCUAUGAGUUUCUCACCGUUUCCGUCUUCUACUUCACCGUCGCUGCUAGUAUCGCCGAGCUCGCCAGCGCUAUCCCCUCAUCGGCCGGGGUUUAUCACUGGGCUUCGGUGACGCCUGGGCAGAAAUGGGGACGAAUCGUUGGCUUCUUUGCCGGCUGGUGGAAUUACUUGGCUUGGGUCCUUGGUGCGGCAAGCAUGGCCUCCAUCUUCGGCAAUACUGUCGUCCAGAUGUACGCAUUGAAUCACGCUGGAUUCGAGGCAAAUCCGUGGCACGUAUUCAUCGCUUACAUCCUCGUAACGUGGUUAUCAUGUGCAACUGUGUGUUUGGCCAAUCAGGCUAUGCCCCGUCUCAACAACUUGGGUCUCUUUGCCAUCCUGGGCGGUUUUCUCAUCACCAUUAUUGUCGUGACCGUCAUGCCUGGCCGUGGUGGUCGACCUGCACAUGCAAGCAGUUCUUUCGUCUGGACUGAGUGGACGGCCGACAUUGGAUACCCGGACGGCUUCGUCUUCGUCACCGGUAUGUUGAACGGCGCAUUCAGCAUCGGUCCGGUGGAUGCCACGACCCAUCUGGCCGAGGAGAUUGCCCUUCCGCACCGUAACGUCCCCAUUGCCAUUGCUAUGCAAGUCAGCAUCGGCUUUCUAAUGGGGUUCUGCUACUUGAUCGCCAUAAUGUACGCCAUCAACGAUUAUGACGCUCUUUUCGAAUCACCUUAUCCCAUCGCCGAGAUAUACCGUCAAGCAACUGGCUCUGUGGCCGGUGGCACUGGUCUGCUCGCUCUCGUCAUGAUCUGUAUCGGCUUGACGGUGGUUGGGCUGUAUAUCACUUGCGGCCGCACCCUGUGGGCUCUCGCCCGCGAUGGCGCUACCCCCUUCCCUGGCAUACUCGGAAAAGUCCAUGCAAAGUUAGAUGUGCCGGUGUGGUCUACCAUCAGUACAGCAGCACUCGUUACUGUCUUGGGUUGCAUCUACGUGGGAAGCACCACGGCUUUCAAUGCUUUCGUGGGAAGCUUCAUCCUGCUAUCCAGCAGUUCAUUUCUGGCCGCCAUUCUCCCGAAUUUGCUCACAGGGCGGAGAAAUGUCAAGUACGGACCGUUUCACCUUCGCGGCUGGAUUGGAUUUACUUUGAACGGUAUCGCAUGUGCCUAUAUGCUCGUGUGGUUCAUCAUCUACAGCUUCCCAUACGCAUUACCCACGGAUGCUUCGAGCAUGAACUACGCAUGCUUGAUCUGGGGUGGGCUUACGGCCUUGGCUGUACUAUGGUGGGUGGUUGGGGCAGAAAAGGGGUACGAGGGGCCACAAACGACUGGUGGAAUGUCUCUAGACGUGGAAGGUGUACGGCCAUCAUCGAUUCAGGGGUUGUCAGAGGUGGUACCUGCGCAGCCACCACCACUACUUAGUUCCAGACCGACAACACUAGCCUAGCUUUCUUUCCUCACCAUAAUACACUUCAUUUCUAUUGUGU